ACUGCCCGGUAGGUCCGCCAGCUGUCACCAGCCCCGAGGAGCCAUCCUCCCUGCUUGCUCUCCAAACGGUCGGCUUCGGCAAAAUGCCCGCCAGCCAGCCGGCCGCGUCACGUGACCCGGCGCGACGUGCGGGCCCCGCCCACUCCUUCCCUCUGCCCCUAGUCAGAAUGCCGCCCGCCGCCCGCCGCCUCCUCCUCCCAGCACGGCCGUUAGAAAUGCCUCCUGCUGCCGCAGCAAGUCUCGCGAGAUGAUGCCGGGAGCGGACAGCGGCGACGAGAUUUGCUGGCUGGAGUUUGGGAAUUGUCUUGAGAAGGCGGAGGAAAUAAAUAAAUAAAUAAUAGAGCUAGCGAGAUCUAUGAAAGAAGGGACCGGGGGGGGGAUUUAAUAACAAGGAGGAGGAGGGGGGGCUGCACCGGCCGGCCGGCCAGCGAUCUGAUGAUGGCAUCGGGCGAUACGUUGUACAUAGCCUCGGACGGCUCCGAGAUGCCGGCGGAGAUCGUGGAGCUGCACGAGAUAGAGGUGGAGUCCAUCCCGGUGGAGACCAUCGAGACCACGGUGGUCGGGGACGACGACUAUGACGACGACGACGACCCCCACAGCCACCAUCACCACCACCACCACCAGCCCAUGAUCGCCCUGCAGCCGCUCGACUCGGACGACCCGGGCCACGUCCACCAUCACCACCACCACCACCACCAGGAGGUCAUCCUGGUCCAGACCCGGGAGGAGGUGGUCGGCGGGGACGACUCGGACCUCAGGACCGACGACGGCUUCGAGGACCAGAUCCUGAUCCCGGUGCCGGCCCCGGCCGGGGAGGACGAGUACAUCGAGCAGACCCUGGUGACGGUGGCCGGCAAGAGCUCGUCGUCGGGAGGGAGGAUGAAGAAAGGCGGCAGCGGUAAAAAGAGCGGGAAGAAGAGCUACCUGAGCGGGGCCGAGCCGAGCGGGAGGAAAUGGGAGCAGAAACAGGUCCAGAUCAAGACCCUGGAGGGCGAGUUCUCCGUCACCAUGUGGGCUUCAGGUCAGUACCUCACCGGGCCCCCUCCCAGGGCGUGUCCCGCCGCUCCCGGCACCGAGCCCGCUCUCCCCAACCCCGGGGAGCCGCUCUGUCACGGCACGGGGGAGAUUUGUUGUGAGACGGAGGCCAUGUUUUGAUGUGUGACUGGGCGCCGCCAUGUUCGCUGGGCAGUAUGGCUGCCCGAUAAAACAUGGCGUGUCGGGGACGGGGGGGGAAGAUGGCGGCCGAACAUGGCGGCGGGAGCGAGCGAGCGCGCUGAUACUGGCUCGGGGACUAGGCCGCAAUGGCGCACUUCGUGAAGGGGGGAGGGAGGGGCCUGGACAUGGCUGGCUCUCGGGGUGCUUUGCCGCGAGCUGGGUGUGGGGGGACCAUGGCUGGGAGCCCGGGGCUUUGUAUCCAGGCUAUGGCCCAGUCAGCAUGGAGCCUUUUCUGUAUUACUGUAACCCAGCCUGGGGGAGGGGGCUGUGUAUUACUGGGGUUAUAUCUAUCAUUAUUGUAUAUUAGGGGGUUCCCAAUCACCCCGCCCCCCCCAACAGACUGUGUCAGUGUAACCCAGCCUGGGGGAGGGGGCUGUGUAUUACUGGGGUUAUAUCUAUCAUUAUUGUAUAUUAGGGGGUGCCAAGCCUGGGGGAGGGGGGGCUGUGUAUUACUGGGGUUAUAUCUAUCAUUAUUGUAUAUUAGGGGGUUCCCAAUCACCCCCCCCCCCAGACUGUGUCAGUGUAACCCAGCCUGGGGGAGGGGGGCUCUGUAUUACUGGGGUUAUAGCUAUCAUUAUUGUAUAUUAGGGGGUGCCAAGCCUGGGGGAGGGGGCUCUAUUACUGAGGUUAUAUCUAUCAUUAUUGUAUAUUAGGAGGUUCCCAAUCCCCCCCCCCCAGACUGUGUCAGUGUAACCCAGUCUGGGGGAGGGGGGCUCUGUAUUACUGGGGUUAUAUCUAUCAUUAUUGUAUAUUAGGGGGUUCCCAAUCCCCAGACUCUGUCAGUGUAACCAGCCUGGGGGAGGGGCUCUAUGGGGUUAUAUCUAUCAUUGUGUAUAUUAGGGGUUCCCAAUCCCCAGACUGUGUCAAUGUAACCCAGCCUGGGGGGCUCUAUUACUGAGGUUAUAUCUAUCAUUAUUGUAUAUUAGGGGGUGCUCAGUCACCCGCCCAGAUUGUGUCAAUGUAGCCAGCCUGCGGGAGGGGGCUCUAUUACUGAGGUUAUAUCUAUCAUUAUUGUAUAUUAGGGGGUGCCCAAUCUCCCUCUGUCUGUAUCAAUGUAAUACGGCCUGGGAGGAGGGGGAUCUGUAUUACUGGGGAUAUAUAUCUUUCAUUGUUGUAUAGUAUGGGUAGCCCAAUCUCCCCAGACUCUUUCUAUUGAUGGACGUUUAUCUACCAUUAUUGUAUAUCAUGGAGUUAUCUGUCAUUACUAUAUAUUAAUGGGUUAUCUAUCAUUACUGUAUAUUAGGGGAUCAUCUGCCAUUAUUGUAUAUAAGGGGUGAAGCUUUAUUGAUGUCUUAUGUGGUAUAUCCGGUUUGUGGAUUAAUUUUAAUGAUCUCUAGAUAGUUCCUAUUGUGCUUUUAUUAUCAUUGCUUGAAAGCUGGAAGGUUUGGGUUGUGGGGUUCCCCCCCCCAUCUAAUUAUUUUUUUAAAUUACAUAUAUGGAGAGUUUGGCAUUGUGUGACAUGGAGGAUUUACAAUGGCAAUGUGAGAGUCUGUAGGGGGAGGGGUGUGUUAAUGUGCAUAUAGUGUGAUUUAUUACACUGGUGAUUUGAGACUUGUCUGUAGGCCUAAAUAGCUGUUCUUGGGGGAAAAUUGUCGCUGCUAACAUGCUUGGUUAUUUUAACCUAAAUUUGGGUAUUUAAUUCACUACAACUUGGGGUUUAGUGAAUAGAUUCUCGGAUUGUAUUGAGUUGGUAACGUAAUGGCAAAGUUUAGGUUCAUGUAGCCAAAUUGUGACCAUUGGUUGUUUGCUGGUGUGUGGUGUGGUGAGGUGCUUCCUUGCCUUUCACAGAGUUUAAAGGGAUGCUAUAGUGCUAGUAGUACAAAUCUGUAUUCCCAGCACUUUAGCUCCCUCUGCACCCCUCUUUACUCAAAUGCAUACCAUUUGUCAAAGUAGACAACACAAAAUGUCAUGGAGCCAUCUUAGCAUUAAUAUCUUGCAAAGUUUCUAGCAUUGUUUUAUUUUUCUCUAGUUUAUUUUUUUUUUUACAUGCAAUUUAGUGGUUUGUUUUGUAAACGUGAUAUGUGCUACUGGAUUAUUAGAUUGUGCUCCGCUCUCCUGAUUAUGGAUUGACGCCCUUCAAGUUCCCUUGUCAAGUUUUUGAGAAAAUACAGAGCUAAAUUUAUAACCCGUCCUUUAAUUUUUUUUUAAAUGACAUUGAAGAUGGGUCUAUGAUGCAUUUUAUUAGCUUACAUAUUUAAAGUACUCCAUAAAUGCAUACAAUUUGUAAAAGUAGACACCAUGGGGUCUCAUAUUUUUUGAGCUUUGAGGAACCAUUUAUUUUUUAAAGUCGUGGUAUCUUUGUUUAAAUUUUUACAACAUUGUAUUUUUUUGUACUUUUUUUUUCCCCCUCUCUCAAUCACACGUGUCCCAUUGUAAUUAAUAUUCCUAUACUCUGCAGCACCUCCUUAGUACAAGAAUACCGCAUGUAUAUACCUUUGCAAAGUUAGUCUUAAUCACAGUCUAAAUCCUUACUCCCAAACCAGUCCCAAAUUCUAAACUAAAUCUUCUAAUAAAUCUAACUUUAAUCCUUACCCUGAUUCUAUGCCUAAUCUUAAUCCUACCCCUAUAAAUAGUAUUAGGAUUCCCUCUGUUGAUUUCAGCAGAGAGAUUUCCUUGCUGAACCUAAUCCUAAAAUUAAAGGGAAACUAUAGUGUUAAAGGGACACUAUAGUCACCUGAAUAACUUCAGCUUAAUGAGGUUGUUCAGGUGAGUACUAUAGCUCCCUGCAGCCAUUCUCAUGUAAACACUGUAUUUUCUGAGAAAAUACAGUGUUUACAUUGAAAGCUAGGAACACCUCCAGUUGCAGUCACUCAGAGUGAACCAGGGGGACUUCGGAGUUGAUGGAGGCAUAAAAAGCCUCCAUCCACUCAGAUCUGCUGUCAGCAGAGCACAGGGAAGCACUGUGCACAGCAUCCUGUGAUUCAGCAUCUCCUCCCUCUGCAUGCAGACACUGAACUUUCCUCAUAGAGGUUCAUUGAUUCAGCUCAUCUCUGAGGAGAUGCUGAUUGGCCAGGGAUGUGUUUGAAUCAUGCUGGCUCUGCCCCUGAUCUGCCUCUUUGUCAGUCUCAGCCAAUCCUAUGGGGAAGCACUGUGAUUGGAUCAGGCUACCACAUGUCAGCAGACUGCUUGUUUUUCUGAGUCUUAACAGCAUUAGGAUUUGGACAUAGGAAAGCAUUACACAAUGCUUUCCUGUGCGGUUUUGGGUGACGCUGAAUAUCCUCAUGCAUAGUGUUAGGCGACCGUGUGCCCCUGUCAUUGUAUGUGUGUGUGCGCGCGCCUCUGGUUACUGUAGUGUCCCUCUAAAAAAAACUGACUUCUAACUUUUUUUAGCUGGUUCCUAGAUUCCAUACAAAUUUGUCAAGCCCUGGCCUAACGAUUCGGAAGUCCCUAUAGUGGCUGUCUGGUAGACUACCACUAGAGGUGGAGUUAACCCUCAAAGAGAAUUAUUGCAGUUUCUUAAAAACUGCAAUAAUUACCUUUGCAAGGUUAAGGUACCAGGGACACUGCACCCAGACCACUUUAAUAAGCUGAAAUGGUCUGGGUGCCUAUAGUGUCCUUUUAAUUAUAAACCCAUUUUAAAUAUAAAACGAAUACUAAACAUAUUUCUUCUAAAUCUUGUCUUAAUCCCCAAUUAAUCAUAUUCCUAAAGGUUUCCUUCUGCUAAUAUCAGUAAUGAUGUUUGCAAAAGGAAUUUUUAAAGAAACCCUAUAGUCACCAGAACACCUACAGCUUAUUGUAUUUGUUCUGGUGAGUGUAAUCAUUCCCUUCAGCCUUUUUGCAGUAAACGUUUUUUUUUUGUUUUGUUUUUUAAGGGAAAAGGUAGUGUUUACAUUCCAGAAGACAAAUACAAAAAAUAGAUAAUCGUGCCUUAAGACACUGUAAUGUACAAAACUGAAGUCAAAUGUAAAUCAUAUGUACAUACACUUUUUUUGUUAAGUCUGUGAAGUCUUUGGCUGUUAUACAGUACAUGGUAUCUCAAAGAAAAAGGAAAAAGAGAGACAAUAUUAGUGCAGUAUAUCUUUAACAGAGUGAAGUAGAGUGCUAUAGCAAAAACUCACUCACAAUUUAUAGAGCUACAAAGAGCUCUGCUGUGUAGGGUGUAGAUGGUUCAAUUCCUGUCACUGGAUAUAUUUUCCGCAACAGUGGUGGUAGACUUUAUCUGUGUGAAGACAAAAAUUGGAAUAUCCAGUAAUGCAAUAUGUAUAUCAAAGUGGUUGUGCAUAUAUGAAAAGGUAGGUAUCUUACUCACAUGAACUAGAGCAUAGACCUGCUCUAGUAUAAAGCGCUUUGGUGGUAUGAUCCCCACCUGGGAUGUAUGUUGGUCAGGAAGCCAAACCAAAAAUUUUUUAAAAAAUUGAUUACAUUUAUAUUUAAAAGGAUUCGUUUUAUUAUGAUAAACAACAUAUAUAUUAAUCCAAAUGGAAGACUGUCACACUUAACGCGUUUCAUCAGAAUUGUGCUUAUCAUAAGAAAAUUAAUCUUUAAAUAUAAAUUGAAUCUAUUUUACAUUUUGGGGGGAUUUUAUUUUUUAAUUUUUUGGCUUCCUGAUCAACAUAUAUCCCAGGUGGGAAUCAUGCCACUAAAGCGCUUUAUUCUAGAGUCUAUGCCCUAGUUCAUGUAAGUAAGAUACCUACCUUUUCAUAUAUGCACUACCACUUUGAUAUACAUAUUGCACUACUGAAUAUUCCAAUUUUUGUCUUCACAUAUUCGAGACACAAAUAAAGUCUACCACCACUGUAGCUGAAAAUAUAUCCAGUGACUGAGAUUGUACCGUCUACACCCUACACAGCAGAGCUGUUUGUAGCUCUAUAAAUUGUGAGUGAGUUUUUGCUAUAGCACUCCACUGUUAAAUACAUACUGCACUAUUAUUGUUUUUCUUUUUCCUUUUUUUUAAGAUACCAUGCACUGUAUAACAGCCAAAGACUUCACAGACUUUUAACAAAAAAGUAUGUACAUAUGAUUUAUAUUUGAUUUCAUUUUUGUACGUUAGUGUCUUAAGGCAUGGUUAUCUAUUUUUUUUGUAUUUGUCUUCUGUCCCUUCUUAUAAGGUUUUGGGUAAUCCUUGUAAGAUUUACUGCUGCCUUAAAGUAUAUAGUGAGAACCUAACUUUUGUGUUUUUUUUUUUUUGUGUGUGUUUUUUUUUACAAGUGUUAACAUUACAGCCUAGGGAUACCUCCACUGGGCACUCCUCAGUUGCUUACUACAGGUGCUUUCUGUGGCAGUGCUGCAAACUGUGCAGCACUGACCAUAAAUGUCUCCACCCUCUGCGUAGAGACACUGAUCUUUCCUCAUAAAGAUGCAUUUCUAUGAAGAGAUGCUGAUUGGACAGGGCUGUGUUUGGUUUGUGCUGGCUCUUCCCUUGAUCUGCCUCCUUGACAGUCUCCACUAAUCCAAUGCUUUCGUAUGAGAAAGCAUUGUGAUUGGCAUUAAACACAACUUCUGAUUAUGUCAGCCAAACAGGCAAAACCUGCAGCAGACUGCAAUAGAAGUAAGUUUUUACUAUAUUUAGAGAGGAUGGGCAGGGGGCUAGAUGGUGUUUUUAACUGUACAUGGUCAGGAAUACAGGUUUGUGUUCUUUUAAUAUAAAACAGAAUGGUUUGUUGCUGCCAUCUAUUGGCUCUUUUUAAUAUGACAACUUUAUGUCUUUAACAUUGAAUAUAGUAUGCAUAAUGCAUUGUGAUCGGCGCUGGGCAACUAACAAAGCCCAGCACUGAUCAAAAUGCUGUUUGGCAAUUGAGGGAGCCCCUCCAGGGUCUAUUCAGAACCCGCAUGUCUCCCAAUCAUCAGAUCUAGUGAGAGGAUUACUAUGGGUGGAUAUGAUCUGUCCAGCAGUGUUUUCUAUGGAUUUUAAAGAGACACUAUAGUGCCAGGAAAAAAAAUGUUUUUUUCUGGCAUGACAUUACCUCCCCAUUCCCUCACGCAGUUUUUUAAAAACUGCAAUAAUUAGCUUUGCAGGGUUAAAAGACUUGGGGCAGUGAACCCAGACCACUUCAAUGAGCUGAGGUGGUCUUGGUUCCUAUAGUGCAAAGUAUGUUCCAAAGGAGAGGAAGCAGAGUAAUUGGAUGGCCCUUUUAAAACUAGAGCAUGUAAUUUUAAAGUGAAAAUCACAAAAUAACAACUUGGAUUAAUCUGAAUUCUUAAUCAAAUUAAGAUAGAAGUUAUCUAAAAGACAAUACCAUCACACAACCUAUGCCAAUAUAUUUGGAAAAUUCCUUGAUUACGUGCUAAGAUAAAUGUCAAAUGGUAUGUCUACUAAAUGUCUCAAGAAAAGGUUAUAAACACCACCUCAUUGGAAGAUUACAAAAUAGAACAGAAUGUACCUCAGUGAGCAACCUUGUAGAGAUUUAUAUUUAAGAAACAAAGAAACUGUUUCAAUAAAUGUAUCGCGGUAACAUCCCUUUCCAACUAAGUAGCAAUAAAGUAGCUGUUCAGGAGUGAGCUGUAGAAUGAAAUAGGGAUUGUACGCAGGACGUAAAGCGUCCCUUUAGCAAUGCAUGCAACAAAUCAAAAAGUCUGGGGCCACUAUAAUCGCCCCAGGUAUCUACUGAUACCUAGUUUUCCUGGUGUAAUCAGGGGUUUUAACCCUGCUCGCACCACAUUGUAAUAAUGGUGAUUUAAAUCCCUGAUUGCAGCGCUCACUAAUUCUGGCCCCAGCUAAUCAAGGGGGCCACCAGGUACCUUUUGGUACCAGCAGGAAUCUAACCCAUGCUGAUAUGUUUGCUGCAUGACGGUCUAUGCCAUCACUAAACAAAUUUGUUUUCCUUGCACUAUAGUGGUCCUUUUAAGAAAUUCAUAAUUUAAACACCUAUAGCACUAAAGUCCAGAGUGGCUGAUCAGGAUCACCCACUGGUCCCAGGCCCCCUCACACUUUAAUAAGCCGCUCCCCUAGGUCCGGACACUGGUUUCCUGGACCACCAUCCUGCUGUUGGCGCCAUCGAUGCCUUCUUCCUGCGGUACCCCACGGGAGAUGUCCAGGCAUGGCCUCACCCUGGACGUCUAUCUGUUGUCCAGGGCCAUGAGGUCUUGGCGUGGACCAGAUUGAUGCGAGGAAGAAUUCGGUCCCGCAAGAUCUCCCAGACCCGCCACCUAAUCGAUCGAAUUCAUGGAGAAGCGCCUCUUCUGCUUCAAGUAUCUCAGCAGGUUGCAGAGGUGUACAACACAGCCUAUGCCAGCAGUAGUGGACCCAACAGUCAGCUGAGUGUUCUGUCAGCAAGAAUAGCCCCGUUAUUUGGCUUAAUAAUUCGAUCUUUGAAGGAGCUUCAGCCAAAUGCGAGUAGCUUGGUUGGCUGUCCGGCACUGCGCACAAGUUUGCUUUUUUUUUUGUUUUGUUUUUUUAACCCCUGCAGUGACAGAGUAUGCAUGAAUGCGGAAGUCUGUGAAUUGAGUGUAAGUGUAUAUUAUUAUUAUUAUUAUUAUUAUUGCCAUUUAUAUAGCGCCAACGGAUUCCGUAGCGCUUUACAAUAUUUUGAGAGGGGGGGUGUAACAAUAAAUAGGACAAUUACAAGAAAACUUACAGGAACAAUAGGUUGAAGAGGACCCUGCUCAAACGAGCUUACAGACUAUUGGAGGUGGGGUAUUUGAAACAUUAGGACAAUAAAUAUCAAGUAGGAGUGAAGCAGAGCUGGAGGAGAGAGCAAAGCACUGUCCCAUAGGAGAGAGCAGGAGACAGGUAUGUAAGGUAGAGAUUACUCUGGGAGGCCAUAAGCUUUCCUGAAGAGAUGGGUUUUAAGGCCCUUCUUAAAUGAUUGAAGACUAGGGGAGAGUCUGAUGGCAGUAGGCAAGCUAUUCCAUAGGAGAGGAGCCGCCCGCGAGAGGUCCUGCAAGCGCGAGUUGGCCGUACGGGUGCGAGCAGCAGUCAGGAGGUGGUCACGGGCAGAGCGGAGGGUACGUGGAGGGGCAUAUUUAUGGAUCAGUGAAGAUAUAAGUGGGGCUAGAACUGUUCAGUGCUUUAAAUGUAUGGGUUAGCACUUUGAAUUGACUCCUAUAGCAUACAGGGAGCCAAUGUAAGGACCGGCAGAGGGGUGAGGUGUGAGAGGACCGACUAGAGAGGAAAAUCAGUCUAGCUGCAGCAUUCAUUACAGACUGUAGCGGGGCAAUACGGCUUUUGGGAAGACCAAUCAGGAGAGGGUUACAGUAAUCCAUGCGGGAAAUUACUAGAGCAUGGACAAGCUCCUUGGUAGCAUCUUGCGUAAGAAAGGGGCGAAUGCGGGCUAUGUUUUUGAGUUGGAACCUACAGGACUUGGCAACAAACUGGAUGUGAGACUCGAAGGUGAGACCAGAGUCAAGUAUGACGCCAAGACAGCGCGCUUGCAGGGAUGGACUUAUGUGGAUAUCACUGACUUGAAGGGAGAGCGAGAGAGGAGGAUCAGUAUUAGGAGGAGGAAAGACAAGGAGUUCAGUUUUAGAGAGGUUAAGUUUCAGAAAGCGUGAAGACAUCCAGUCAGAGAUGGAAGAAAGGCAAGCAGUGACACGUUGCAGGACAGCAGGGGAGAGGUCCGGGGAGGAGAGGUAUAUCUGAGUGUCAUCAGCGUACAGGUGGUAGUGGAAUCCAAAAGAGGCAAUCAGUUUACCAAGAGAGGCGGUAUAAACAGAAAAUAGAAGGGGACCAAGGACAGACCCUUGGGGAACUCCAACCGAGACAGGACGAGUGGAGGAGGUAUCCUUGGAAAAGGAGACACUGAAUGAGCGUUGGGAGAGAUAGGAGGAAAACCAAGAGAGGACCGAGUCACAGAGACCGAGCGAUUGAAGAGUUUGAAGGAGGAGAGCAUGAUCAACGGUGUCAAAGGCAGCAGAGAGGUCAAGGAGAAUUAAUAUGGAGUAAUGACCUUUGGAUUUAGCGGAGAUUAGGUCAUUAGUCACUUUGAUAAGAGCAGUCUCAGUAGAGUGGAGAGGGCGGAAGCCAGACUGAAGAGGGUCAAGGAGAGAGUUGGAAUUAAGGAAGCGGGACACACGGGUAAAGACAAGCCUUUCCAAAAGCUUUGAUGAGAAAGGGAGCAGGGAUAUGGGACGAUAGUUAGAAGGGGAGGAUGGGUCAAGAGAUGGUUUUUUCAGGAUAGGUAUUACAGUGGCAUGUUUAAGGUCAGCAGGAACAGUGCCAGAAGAGAGAGAGCAGUUAAAGAUGUGUGUUAGGGUAGGCACAAGACAAGGGGAGAGAGAUCUGAUGAGGUGAGAUGGGACAGGAUCGAGCGGGCAAGUGGUGGGGCGAGAGGAAUGGAGAAGCGCAGCCACCUCUUGUUCAGUAGCCGGGUAGAAAGUCUGGAGGGUAGGGAAAGCAAGAUUUACAUGUGGUUGAGAAAGAGAACGGCAAGGAGGGGAGAAUUGUUUCCUUAGCUGUUCAAUCUUGUCGGUAAAGUAGCAUGCAAAGCUAUCAGCUGUAAGGUUAGUUUGGGGGGUGGCCACAGCAGGGCGGAGAAGGGAAUUAAAGGUGUCAAAGAGGCGUCUGGGAUUGCGGGAGCAUGAACUAAUGAGAGAGGAAAAGUAUGACUGUUUGGCGAGGGCUGCGCUGUAUGAAAGCAACAUGAAUCUAUAAUGGAGAAAGUCUGCCUGGGUGCGGGACUUCCUCCAGGAGCGUUCAGCACAACGGGAGCAACUCUGCAGAUAGCGUGUUGAUUUAUUAUGCCAAGGUUGGGGUCGUGUUCUCCUCGAGGUGCAUGUUUUGAGCGGGGCUGCAGCGUUCAAGGCAGAUGUGAGGGUAGUGUUAUAUGUGGAGAUGGCCAGUGAGGGACAGGAGAGGGAAGGGAUGGAUAGCAGUUGUGAAUCAAUGUCAGCUGACAGCUGCUUGAGGUCAAUAGAGUUAAGGUUCCUCCUGAGCUGAGGGGGGUUAGGCUGAGAUUGUUGGGUGAGGGGGUAAUUGAGAGCAAAUGAUAAGAGGUGGUGAUCAGAGAGAGGAAAUGGGGUGUUGCAGAUAUUAGAUAUUGUACAUGAAGAAGAGAAAAUAAGGUCGAGGGUAUUGCCAGCUACAUGAGUGGGAGAAUUAGCCCACUGCAAAAGUCCAAGGGAGGAAGUGAUUGAAAGUAGUUUAGAGGCUGCUGGGGUCAAAGGUGGGUUAACGGGAAUAUUGAAGUCUCCAAGAAUUAGGGAUGGGAUGUUGGAAGAGAGGAAGUAGGGUAGCCAGGCAGCAAAGUGGUCAAGGAAGAGGAGAGGGGAACCAGGGGGACGAUAGAUUACGGCAAUGUUAGCAGAGAAGGGUUUGAAAAGGCGAAUUGAAUGAAUUUCAAAUGAUGGGAAAGAGAGGGAAGGGGGGGUAGACAGGGUUUUAAAGGUGCAGUGGGGUGAGAGAAGAAAACCUACACCGCCACCUUUAAUCUCUGCUUGUCUUGGGUUGUGGGUAAAGUGAAGACCACCAAAAGACAGUGAGGCAGGUGUAGCAGUAUCAGAGGGAGAGAGCCAUGUUUCUGUUAGUGCAAGUAUGUUUAGGGAGUGUGAGAUAAAUAGGUCAUGGAUGGAAGUAGAUUUAAAGGUGCUGCACACAGAGCGUGCAUUCCAGAGGGCAGCUUUAAAAGAGGAAUUAUAGUGAGAAUUACAUGGAAUGGGUAUUAGGUUGUUGUGGUUUUUGGUGUUUGUACCAGGUGGCUGAGAAGAGGAGGGACCAGGGUUUGGAGAGACAUCACCUGCUGCUAGGAGUAGUAGGAUGGAAAGGAAGAGAAGGUGGGAGUAAGAUUUAAAUGUUGGGGAUGAGAGCUUGUAUUUAGGUAUUUAGGAGGGGUUUGUGGAGAAAGGCUGGAUAGAUAUGAAUAAAGUGCGUGUGAUGAAUACUGAGAUGAGGGGAGCAGAGAGGGAGCAAUGAAGAUGGUGUUAGCAGGAACAGGUAAGUAAAAUGAUAGAGAGAUUUUAAUGAUGAGGGAAGUGAGAGAGAAAGUGAAAAAUAGAAGUGAGAACAUUAGUAGGAGAGUAGGUGCUGUAUUUUUAAGAGCUGUGGUUAGGAGGGUUAAGGGUUAAAGAGGUAUUGAGUGAGUAUAGCUUUUUUUGGGUGUGGAGGGCUUGGUGGACAGAGGCUAACAUAAUUGGUUCAGAGGAAUGGUAGGUAAUUUGAACUAUCUAUAAAUGUUGUGAUAACCAUGGGGAGGGUGGGGUGUGGUGGGUGGGAAGCGAUCAUCCAGAAAUGCUACCUCUGCUUAUGGCAAGUCCUGCAGGGUUGUGUGCUGGGAGUCCUGGGUGUAGCUGAUUCAAUAUUGUAUGGGGCCCAGGCUAUAUGAAUGUAGGGAUGCAUUUGCACACUUAUCCCCCUAUAUCAUUUGGCUUUUUACUUUUCAUAUCUUCAUUUCAAAAUAUAAGACAAAUAUUGCACUCCAGGAUUCUGAUUGUGUGAAUUUAUAUAGUACAUAGAUGGACAGGUGCCAAAUGAGAGCCACAGUAAAAUUUGGGGCAAGGCCUUGGGGUGUGUGUGUGUGUUUCAAAAAAAAAAAAAAAGGAACCAGAAGUGGAAGAGUCAGUGAUAGUGUGUGGUAAGGAGAAAAAAAAAUGAAUGCAGAACUGUAUUUGUGUGUGUGCAAACGACCCCGGUGUCAAGUAGGGAGAUUUUUCUCUCUCUUUCAACACAUAUCUUCAGAGCUCCCUACUCCCCCUAUGGAAUCAUGAUUCACAGCACCUGGAAAGUGUCCACUUCCUUCCUUCAUGCUGAGCCAGGAUGCCAUUAAGAGUCUGAUGGUGAUCUGACGCUGUCUGCCACCAGCUCCUUUGCAGCCUGUGGAAAGGCUUGGUUUUGUGGAGCCUUGGUGUAGAAUGAGAUUAAUUCCAAAAGGUUGAUGAAUUGGUCUAUAAGUAAAAAUAUUGAAAAAUGGAAGUAUGAUUUUUAUUUUCUCUGGAAACCGUUGGUUUGUUGUGCAUAAUAAAUUUGGAGUCCUGAACACAUACGGUUAAAGGGACAUUUAUAGUCACCAAAAUUAUUUUACCUUAAUGAGGCUGUUUUGGUGUAUAGAUCAUACCCCUGCAGUCUCGCUGCUUAAUUUUCUGACGUUUAGGAGUUAAAGCACUUUGUAUGUACCUUGCAGACCUAGUCACACCUCACUUCAUGUGACUUGCACAGCAUUCCUAAACACUUCCUAUAAAGAGCAAUCUAAUAUUUAAACUUUUUUUUUAUUUUUUUAUUUCAAAGUCCGUUUAAAUUAGAAUUUAAUAUCUCCUGUACUGUUCUUAGCUUGCUAGACCUUGCAGGAGCGUCCUGUAUGUGAUUUAAAGUUCAAUUUACAGAGCAGGAGAUAAAAAAUAAAAAAUAAAAAAAACUUCUAAAGUAAGUUAGCAUCUGUUUGGAAAUGAAACUUUUUUUUUUUUUUUCCACAGGCAAGUUGUCACAGCCAAGGGAGGUGUGGCUAGGGCUGUAUGGACAGAAACCAGUGAUUAAACUCCUAAAUGGCAGUGAAUUGAGUAGUGAGACUGCAGGGUCAUGAUCUGUACAUUAAAAUUUAUUUUUCAUUAAGCUAAAAAAAAUAUAAUUUUUUAAUUAUAAAGGAACACUUUUUUAUUAAAUUUAAUCUUGACCCUAUAGUGUUAAAACAACCAUCUUGCCCCCAUAAAUAUAGUAUAAUCUUACCUUUACUCUAGUAUGCUGCUGCUAGCUCUACCUCUGAUCUGCCUGCUUGGCUGACUUCAUCGGAAGUGCUGAUCAAAGGCCAAUCGAAAUUCUUUCCCAUAGGAUUGGCUGAAACGGUCAAGGAGGCAGGUCACGGGCAGAGCCAGCACAAGCCAAAAACAGCCCUGGCCAAUCAGCAUCUCCUCAUAGAGAUGCAUAGAAUGAAUCUAUUUCAAUGAAGAAAGUUCAGUGUGUCCAUGCAGAGGGUGGACACUGAAUGGCAGUCACACUGUGCAGCACUGCCCCAAGAAGCACCUCUAAAAGCCAUCUGAGGAUUGCCCACUGGAGGUAUCCCUACGCUGUAAUGUAAACACUGCAUUGUCUGCAAAAAGGCUGAAGGGAAUAAUUCUACUCACCAGGACAAAUAAAAUAAGCUGUAGUUCUGGUGGCUAUAGUGUCCAUUUAAGGUUGCAACUAAUAUUCAACUUUUCAUACAGUUAUGCCAAAUAAGGCAUAUUCCACAACAUAAUUUCAAAGUGGCUUAAUCGCGCAUGGCAGAUACUACACUUGUGACAACAUUAAAGGUGCCAUCAAUUUCACUUGUUACUUUAGCAUUACCAUCCUGGCAUUUGGCAGUGCUUUUAUUUAUUUUGAAUACCUUCUCUAGAGCAUGACCUUUUUAGAUGUUUAUACACCUGCAACUCUCAGAAUUCUUUGUAUGCAGUCCAGUAACAUUUGGGGUAGGGAAAUUUGAGACCUUAUGGUAUGGGGGUUUUAAAAAGAUUACAAAGUAAAGGCCUGCUGCUGUCCAAAACUGAUGAAGCCUGGUUUAAAGUGAACCUGUCACGACAGAUGUUUGUAGUAUUUCUGACUUGACUCAUGCUGUACAAAUAAGUGUUGCUUAAUACUAUUAAAAGCUCCUAUUUUAAGUUAUUUCUAUUACUCCUGCUGAGAGCAUCAUUCAUGUUUACAGUGGGUGUUACACUUUAUGGUUUAUAAAAUGUAUGUUACUUCUGUGUCUAUUCUCAGACUGUAUUUUUUAAGCUCCUGCAAUAAAUCAUUCUGCUGCUUUCUCACAGAGCCUUUCCUUUUUUCCUUUUUUUAUCAUUUACACAGUGUUAACAUCAGGCGUGUGGAAAUUUUAAAUUAACCCCUUAAGGACCAAACUUCUGGAAUAAAAGGAAAUCAUGACAUGUCACACAUGUCAUAUGUCCUUUAAAGGACCACUAUAGUGCCCUGAGGGUGCUCCCACCCUCAGGGACCCCCUCCCGCCCGGCUCUGGAAGGGGGAAAGGGGUAAAAACUUACCUUUUUCCAGCGCUGGGCGGGGAGCUCUCCUCCUCCUGGGCUGAAUGCGCACGCGCGGCAAGAGCUGCGCGCGCAUUCAGCCCGUCGCAUAGGAAAGCAUUUACAAUGCUUUCCCAUGGACGCUGGCGUGCUCUCACUGUGAAAAUCACAGUGAGAAGCACGCAAGCGCCUCUAGUGGCUGUCAAUGAGACAGCCACUAGAGGAAAUAGGGGAAGGCUUAACCCAUUCAUAAACAUAGCAGUUUCUCUGAAACUGCUAUGUUUAUUAAAAAAUGGGUUAACCCUAGAAGGACCUGGCACCCAGACCACUUCAUUAAGCUGAAGUGGUCUGGGUGCCUAGAGUGGUCCUUUAAGGGGUUAAAAAAAAAUUUACAAAAAAAUCUACUGGUCCAUGGGACUAAAGUGGUAAUAAUCCAAUCUACUUGUCCUGACCCACAAAAUAAUUGUAAUUUAUAAUACUCGGGCCCGUGUACCUAGAGCAUGUCUGCUUCUGUCCUUACUCUUUAUGCUCGCAUUGUGUCUGUGUGUGGUCUCUAGCUGUGGGGGGCUAUGAUAACUGGGGGUCCAUUAGAGGUUAAGGGGAGGAAGUGGCAAGAGCCGCGCGCGCAUUUAAUCAGUCCAUAGGAAAGCAUUUCUCAAUGCUUUCCUAUGGACGUCGGCGUCUUCACUGUGAUUUUCACAGUGAGAAGCGCCUGUCAAUGAGAUGGCCACUAGAGGUUGGAUUAAGCCUAUUGUAAACAUAGCAGUUUCUCUGAAACUGCUUUGUUUACAGCUGCAGGGUUAACCCUAGAUGGACCUGGCACCCAGACCCUUAAUUGAGCUGAAGUGGUCUGGGUGCCUAUAGUGGUCCUUUAAUCUUGACAAUCACAUCCAAUGUUUCCACCUUAUAGGAAAGCAUAGGGAGACUAUUGGGCAUGCACGGCAAAACACCAUGCUAUGCCAAUCAACAUCUCCUCCUAGAGAUGCCUUAAAUCAAUGCACCUCUAUGGGGAGCAUUAAGCGCCUUCAUGCAGAGCAUGGGGACACUGAAUGUAGGUGCUAGACAUAGCACUGAGGAAGCAUCUCUAGAGGCCAUUUGAGUGAUUUCAGACAAAAGGCAAUGUUUACAUUGCUGCCUAGUAACACCUCUAGUUGCAAAGACAGUGUUUACAUUGACAAGCAUGUACGGAUAGGCUAUAGACUUAAGAACAACAUUAGGCUGUAGUGGUUCUGGUCACUAUAGUGUCCCUUUUAAGAAUUAAAUUUAAUUCACAACUCCUUUUAGCUGGCUCCUGGAUUUCAAGCAAACUUGUCAAACCAUGGGCUAAAGGUAACCCGGUACCCAGAAUUGCCUGUCCCGUGUUUCAGUCGAUUGGAAUUCCCCCAUCCCUGAAAAUCACCUGUAGCAGUUUAGGUGUGAAGAGAAGCUUAUAAUGAGGAUUUGAAGUAGGUGAGAUAUAUAUUGUUAGAUGUCUUGCCCAAGGACACUUACUGGUGAGGUGAUCUAAAUGAGAUUCCUAUUUCUUCAGCAGUGAUUUCACUCCUUGCAGGCAUUGCCUUCCCUAAGGCUGAAGGCAAGUGGGAGAGAUGCCCGUAGGAGGUUUUCCUUGAUAGCAGGCAUGCAGCGCACUGCCUUCUUGUCUCUGCACAGACUAAAUUUACUGACUGGACAAGGGGACUAGGAUUUUAGUGAAAUCUAGACAUUUGCUAGCACAAUCAGGGAUGUGAAUUUAUAUCGGCCAGCAGUCGGGACAUCUAGUUACAGGCACCAAGUGAGCAGUUUUUCUAUUCAUUUAGCCCUGCCGCAUGCAAGUUGCAGGAGGGAUUAGUGUGGUUCAAAGACUGUCCACUGCAGAAAGACCGCUGGGUUUACAGUAAAACAGUAAACUGACGGCAUGAGAUGUGCUGCAGCAGCCGAACUUCAUGGUGCACAAAGCUAAAGGCCGCCAAAAUGACGAAAUAGGCGGGCGCAGGCAGGGAGCAAUCAGACGCUUCCAUCUGGUGGACGUCUGAGUGACGGCCACUGGAAGUAUUCCUAUCAAUCAAUGUAAACACUAUAUAUUUUCUCUGAAAAUACAGUGUUUACAUUAGAUUUCCUGCAGGGAGCUAUAGAUCUCGAACAACUACAUUAAGCUGUAGUUGUUCAGGUGACUAUAGUGUCCCUUUAAUAUUUACGUGUGUGUAUAUUAGAAGCAUAACACACUCAAAUUGUAGAGAUGAAAAAUCUGAAUACCAUUUUUCAAAUACAGCCAACACACACACACACACACUAUAGCAGAGGGAGAGACUACAGAACAUGGACUUUUAGCAACAUUGAGGUUGUCAUUCAUCGCCUAUACGGUGUUUCAGUAGGCUGAGGUGGCACUCCCCUCGCCCUGCAGUUUAUUGCAUCUUAAAAGUCCUACCAUGCUGGGUGUCACAGAUGGUGACAUUUACACUGUGGUCUCCCCCUGUUUUAAAAUCUUUGAUUAAGUUUGCCACAACUUCCUUCUUAAAGUGUUGUCAGUCUGGGUACCAUAACCACUGCAUGUACUGUUUAUAGUGUCAUCGUGCUGUGGGUGAUGGUUCACUGUUGUUUUGACCAAAGGGUCCAUGGCCCAGUCUCUCGCUGGUCUAUUUUUAAUGUGGACAUCCAUUUAAUCCAUAUUUUUAAGCCAUUCGCUAACUGAUAGGGUCCACUCACAGUCUGCCAGUGACUGACAUUGAAAUAUGGAAUUGACUGUAAUGCUAAUACGAAAGUUUCACUUCCAGAUUAGCAGUAGAACAUGGGACUGUCCUUGGGGGGUUUAAUCAAACCACUUAGUAAUAUGUUACACUUACCAGGCAAAUAUUUAAGCCUUACCUGGGGUUUGGAGCUUUUAUUAGAAUGUUUUUUUUGUUUUGUUUUUUAAAUAUUUAUAAAGCUACUUGUUCAAGGGACUAAAGUGGUAGCUCAAUCUACUUGUCCUGACACAAAAGAAUUUCACUUAAAAGGAAUGGAGUCCUUGCCAAAUACUCUGGCAAUUGAUUGAUAGGGCUAUUUCUGAACUUGGAAUAUUCACAAAAUGGCUAUUUUUUUGGGAUUUAUUUUGAGAAAAUUUGAGUCUUUUAUUUUACCCUCUGUCUUCCCAUAGUCUUCAUGUUUUUCAUGGUGUGUAGUGUGUGCGGGCUGUAUGUGAUGUGUAGGGAUGCACCGAAACCGGAAAUCAGGAUGCCCUUGGCCUAAAACCAAAACUGAAAAUGACUUUUUUGUUUUUCCCCAAAUGAUUUUAAAAUAGUUUUUUUUCUAUCAUUUUAUUAAUAUAAAACUUUUUAAUGAAUUAUUUUAAUACAAAAUUAUAAAUAACACAUUGUAAUAAUAUACUUCUGUGUUUCGCAUAAAAGGGUAAAAAAAAGUAAGACCCAUUUGAUUGCAAUUAUUUUAUAAUUUAUAUAGCGCCAUCACAUUCUGUAACGCUAUACAAUGGAGCAAUAAGAGCACAUGUCAAACCUUAUGUAAUGUAAUACUACAAUUAAAUACAAAACCCCCUCAAUAGGCACACAUUUUAUACACAUUGCAGGAAAAUCAAUUAGAUAAUGCAACAGGUAUGUGUUAUUACUGCCCUCCCACAAGUCAUUUAAAAAAAAAAAAAAAAAGGCAUUUCUCAUUCAAUAUGCCUGGCACAUGCUCUGUCUCUACAGGUGCAUUCAACCACAGACAUGUUGAACAUUCUGACAUAGAAUUUCACACAAUGUUACUAAUAUUCUGAAGCAGAAUGUUACAUGGACACUGGGCAUUGUGGAAAAGCAAUUCCAGGGCAGAGUUUAGUAAAUGGAGCCGUCACUAUGUAAUUUAAAGUAAUGUCCCUAAUGCUGAUUUUUAAUCUUUAGAAGUUUGCCUCAGAAUGUUUUUUUGUUUUGUUUUUUUUUCCUUGUUUUUUCUUUACAGAACCCCCAGUCUGUUAGCAUGGUAAAUAGCAUAUGUCCUCCCUUAAUGAAUAUGGCAGACAGAGAAGGGCCAUUCCUGCACUAAAUACACGAUAUUGGACAAUGAGUAAAAUGCCUCCCAGCCCAGAAAAACACACACAAACACACCACAUCUCCUGGAAAGUUUGAGUUGGGAGUUGGCUGAUGUAGAGGACUGCCAUUCCUAGCAAAUCUCUAUAGUACUACACUACCCAUCACGCUCAGCCAACCAAAGAAGUGAUCUGUGACUGAACACCAUGGGCAGUGGAGUCCACAGCAGCCGCAGAGUUUCCUGUUCCACUGGCAUGGGGUUGGCUGGUACCACACAGACACUGUAUUCUCCUGACCGGAUUCUCUGCACAGCCUUCCACACCACUGGCUGAAGCCCCUCAGACUUUCAGUUCUCUUUUGAAAGGGGGUGGGGUGGGUGGGUGGGUGUGUGUGCGCGUGCGUGCGUUAGGGUGUGCAAGCUGCACGUGGUUGUGAUUUAUAUACACACACUGACCUAUACCCACAAACUACACAUUCACUCCCACUGAGCACAGAUUACCAGCAGCUGAUGUUCAGUGGAUGUGUAGCCCGUCCCACACUCACUCUGCCCUUUACUUCCAGUUGGUUGCAAGGAUAUGAUGUCAUGGCAGCCAUUAGUCCUGAGAAUCGUGAGGAGCAGUUGGCUGCUGCCUCACCUCACACCUUCCUGUGAGCUGCAUUGGACACAUUCAUGGCGACCCAGUAUGCCUGCCAGAGAUAAAGUCCCUGCUGAGCACCACCUCCCUCCCAAGGCCAACGACCGGGCUACAAUUGCAUGUGGGCAUCGGGUGAUAUAAAUUCCACAUCCCUGUUUACAAUUAAAAUUGUACGGGUACAUUUAUCUACAAGAAUUCACUGCACCAAGCAAGCAACAAAUAAGUCCAUAGCCAGUUUUGUCAGUUCAUAAGAAUAAGUUUUGUCCACUUUAGCAGAUACAAUGCAUCUCCUCCUUUUAGAAGCUGAUUUAUUUAACUAUUCAUGCUAUAGAUGUUUUAUUUGUACAUUUGUUUUUGCAGAUGACAAGAAAGAUAUUGACCAUGAAACUGUGGUCGAAGAGCAGAUUAUUGGUGAAAACUCUCCUCCUGACUAUUCAGAAUACAUGACCGGAAAGAAACUCCCCCCAGGAGGUAUACCAGGCAUCGAUUUAUCUGAUCCCAAGCAACUGGCUGAAUUUGCAAGGUAACUCCAAGAAUGCAAAAAUAAAUACAGAUAACCCUUCCUCUCAACAGAUAUCUAAAUGAGAGACUAGUUGAUUAAGACCUUAAAUUGAUAUUGUUAGAUAAACUUUUCAAAUGAUCACGGCCUUUUAGAAGAAGAAGAAAAAACUAUUGAAAUGAUUUAUCUACAAUACAUUUGAAAAUAUUUUUUUAACAGAACAGAGUAUUUAGUAAACAUUGAGGCUCAAGUCCCUUAGUGCAGAUUUGUCUUGUCUCUGAAAGUGAGCAGGCUAGUGUCAUUUUAAAAAAAAAAAAAAAAUUUUUUGAGAGUGAGCAGGCGAUGUUUUGACCUUGUUCCAUGUCUUGAUCUGUGACGUGCAAUGAUCAUGUGGGAUAUGUAAGCCGCACUGUCUGCUCCUGCUAUACAUAUUCUGUGCCUACUAUCCAAUUUCCUUUUCUUCAGCUGCUGUGAAAGUGACAUUUCCUCACUCUAGUAUCUGCUGCGAGGAUUGUGUAAUGUAGUGAAAGGAAGUAUAAAACCCCACAUUCCUGGUAUUUCUUCUCUUACCUACAAUAUCUGUUCCAGAUCUAUUUGUCCUUUUGGUUUAACUGAAUUCUAAAACCCCCUCCUAGACAGGGAAAUUUCCUGUAAUUGUUUACUGCAGAGAGAGAGGAGCACUUCUCUCCAAAUUGUUGGCACUUUUUUUUUAUUUAUUUUUUUUUUUAUUUACAAUAUAGAAGUAUGUUUAAAAGCUACCAGAGUGCCUGGGCAGCUGUAUGCAGUGGUUGAUUUGUUAAUAACUAUAUGUAUACAAGUAUUUGUGUAUGGUAUUGAUGCAGGAAAAUAACAAUGGUAGUUCUUGUCAUUUAUUCACAGAUCUAGUGUGCUGGCUCUCUCUGUACUUUUGUUCUAAAAUGAUUUAAAUUACAGGAAAUGUAGUACAUGCAUGCAAUGUGCAGAGUAAUAGAGAGGAUUUUUUAUAUAUAUAUAUAUAUAUAUAUAUAUAUAUAUAUAUAUAUAUAUAUGUGUGUGUGUGUGCAUGAUCCCUUCUAGAAUUUUUGUACAAAACAACCUUGUUGUUGGGCAUUUAAUUUUUUUCUAAUAUACAAUGCAAAACAUUUAAGAUAAAAAAUAAAAAGCACCUAUUCUCGAAUAUGUUUCUGUGCAAGAAUCUGUUCUCCCUCUGUUCAUUAUAGCUGUGGGACAGCUCCUCUGCCACCCUGCAUCAUACAUAAAAUGGGUAACUUGUACAUUACACCCAUAUUCUGAAGCCAUGCCAUUCACAAGGGAAUCUACUAAGGGUACCUUAGCUGGAAAAUCUCAGAUGCUUUAUUCUUGGAUUGCCAAAUGAAACUGCUGUAAUACUUUGAACUCAUGCACUGCAUUUUUCUUCUCCCAAGGAUGAAGCCCAGAAAAAUCAAAGAAGAUGAUGCUCCUAGAACCAUUGCCUGCCCUCACAAAGUAAGUACCCUGGAAAAAUGUUUCAUGAUCUGUAACCUGCAGACAUCAACACUUUUGUUUUGUCUUAACUGGAUAUCUCAUUUUAAAAGGAUCCUCUUUUAUUUGUAAGAAUACACUUACAAAUAUAAAAAAAAAAAAUAAGGUAAUGUUGGUGUUCUUUACGGUCUUUAGAUUCAGUCCUCCUUCUGUUUAGAGAAAAAAAAAAAAAAACUACAAAACAUUUAUUCCAGCACAAUAGCAGUCUACUUGAAGCAACUGCUAUGCAUUGAAUCUGUUUCGUCUGACUCCGAACAUGGCGACCUUUGGAAAUCAAAGGAUGUGAGGAGGAAGUUCCUCUACCAACUGCCUAUUUUACAGCUUCUAGUGGUGUUUUCUCAGGCUAAUGUAAACCGUGCCAUAUAUGCGAAAUGCUGCAUUGUCAUUAACCUCUUAAGGACCCGUGACAUGUCAUGAUUCCCUUUUAUUCCAGAAGUUUGGUCAUUAAGGGGCAAAGGGACAUCACCUAUGGACCAAAACCACUACAUUAACAUGGGGUGCUUUUGGAAUUUAGUAUCCCUUUUAAGGUGUUAUUUGUAACAUUGUUUUCUAUGGAUUUAUUAUACAAGUCUUCACACACCAUCACAUUUUCUUUUCUUACAGGGAUGUACAAAGAUGUUCAGGGAUAACUCUGCCAUGAGGAAGCACUUGCACACACAUGGUCCAAGAGUACACGUUUGUGCAGAAUGUGGGAAAGCCUUUGUUGAAAGUUCAAAACUUAAGAGACAUCAGCUGGUUCAUACUGGUGAAAAGCCAUUUCAGGUAAAUAGAUAUAUUUCAGCUGGAGUACACUUGAUACAAUGCCUGUUUUCACACUAUGUAAGCAUAUGCUUAUAGGCUUCUACUGGGUGUCACGUUUGAGUACACAUUGUGUGAGUAGGUUUCCACCUUAGUACGUGGCUGCUUUAAUGAAUUUCCAAAGUUCUUCCUAAAUGCGGCAGCUUAUAUUUACUCCUGCAAACAUUUCUUAUUCAUUAGAAUUACUCGCCUGACAAAGUACUGUGUUACUGUGCAUUUGUCAGUAACUGAUUAUUAUUUUUAUAUUUUUCAUGAGAAAUAAGUACCGUAUAUACUCGAGUAUAAGCCGAGUUUUUUUGGCACAUUUUUUGCGCUGAAAAAACCCAACUCGGCUUAUACUCGAGUCAGUUUGUAUUAUGGCAAUUUACAUUGCCAUAAUUCAGACCAGGACCGCCGGGCUCAUUACAAGCCCGGCGGUCCUGUUGGGGGCUGACAGUGAGCUCUUACUUACCUUCCUGCAGCUCCCUCCUCCUCCGUGCAGCUCCUCUGUCAGCUCCGUUCUGCUCAUAGUAAACUGUAAACAGAACGGAGCUGACCGGGGAGCUGCACGGAGGAGGAGGGAGCUGACAGGAGCUGCAGGAAGGUAAGUAAGGCUCACUGUCAGCCCCCCCACUGAACUGCCAAUGCCACUGGACCACCAGGGAUUUAAUAUUUUAUUUUAAUAAUAAUAAAAUAUUAUUAAAAUAUUAUAUUAUUAUAAUUUUAAUAUUUGCAUUAUUUUUUUUAAAAUGGUUUUUUUUGUCCCCAUUCCCUGUUGCCUGGCCAGGGAGGGGGGACAAAAAACAUUUAAAGAAAAAUAAUAAUGCAAAUAUUAUAAUAUAAUAAUAAAAUUAUAUUAUUAUUUUAAUAUUAUAUUAUUAUUUUAAUAUUUGCAUUAUUUAAAAAAAAAAAAAAAAAAAUUUUUUUGUCCCCCCUCCCUGACCAGGCAACAAGCAGGGAGGGGGGACAAUAAUGCAAAUAUUAAAAUAAUAUUAUUAAAAUAAUAUUAAAAUAAUAAAAUUAAAAUAAAAAUGCCCUCCCCUCAUCCAGUUUACACACACUGCACAAACACACACACACUGCAUUAUAUACACACACACACUGCAUUCCUUAUAUAUAUAUAUAUAUAUAUAUAUAUAUAUAUAUAUAUAUAAUACAUACACACACACUCUGCAUUCAUUCUAUACACACACUGUAAAUAAAUAUUUAAUUAAUGUAAUUUUAUUGGGAUUUAAUUUAGAAAUUUACCAGUAGCUGCUGCAUUUCCCACCCUAGGCUUAUACUCGAGUCAAUAAGUUUUCCCAGUUUUUUGUGGUAAAAUUAGGGGCCUCGGCUUAUAUUCGGGUCGGCUUAUACUAGAGUAUAUACGGUAAUCCUAUAUGAUGUCAUUCAAAUAGACAUAGCAGAGAAUUCUCCCAUUAGGUGAUGUUUUGCUUGUUUAUACAAUGUGUUUUUCACGGAAAUACCUGGAACUCAUUUAAUCCCCUAAUUUCUCAGUACACCACCUAACGAGCUCUAGAUUUCCGUGCAGUUUAGAUAAAGAAAGGUUUCCACAAGAACACACUACCCAGAAAUGUAUUUUUAAAUCAGAUUUUAUUGUAAGUUCAUCCUGUGAUGGCACAAUGCAUGCAUUUAUUGGGGUUGGUUGUACGUUAAGAUGUUCACAUAAGUGAUUCCCCCUCCCCCCCUCACUUUCUAUCUUGCAGUGCACGUUUGAAGGCUGUGGCAAGCGAUUCUCAUUGGACUUCAAUUUACGUACUCAUGUGCGGAUUCACACUGGGGAUCGGCCCUAUGUGUGCCCUUUUGACGGCUGCAACAAGAAAUUUGCUCAGUCUACCAAUCUAAAAUCUCACAUUUUAACACAUGCCAAAGCCAAAAAUAACCAGUGAAAUUCCAUAAAUGGAGAGACCUAUUAUCCUUGAAAAGCAUCAGUGGUGUAUGAUCAAAAUACACCUUCCUUUGUACAAGGUUUGCAGGGAUGAAUCUUAAAAGAAAACCACCUCUACUAAGAUCGUUUUGAUAACGUACUGUAGAUUACUUAUUACAAAGGAGGACUUCAAAAUCCAACGCUCUCUUGCCUGCCCUAUUAUAUAUAAUUUUCCGAAGUGUUUUUUUUUUUUUUUGUUUGUACAGUGAUGCCCUUAUCCCCUACCUUUUCUCCUGCAGGAGAGCAACUUCACAAAACUGCAUCAAGACUUUCUACCACGUUACUAAAAUUGGACAUGCCUCACUUAUAAAUAGAUUCUCAACUGUUGCAUUUUUUAAUUAUUUUUUUUUUAUUUUAAGUGUGCAUAUUGUACACUUUUUUGGGGGAUAUGCUUAGUAAUGCUAUGUGAUUUAUUCUGGAGGUUGAUAACUUUGCUUGCAGUAGAUUUUCUUUAAAAGAAUUCGGAAGUUACUGUACUAAAUGCAUACUUCAAAAGUAUUUUCCUGUAAAAAAAAAAAAAAAAAGAAGAAAAAAAGGAAUUUCAUAGGUUUUGUUUGCUCUCUUUUUUUUGGUUGUGUUUUUAGAUGUUUAACACACUUUUGUAUAAUUGUAUCGUAUAUAGAUGUGUUGAAAUCAUGUAGCACCAAAUAUUAGAUGUGAUUUAAGCUAGUGUUAAUUAAAUCCAUUUUAGACACUUAUUUUGGGGGAAGGGAAUACGCCAAACAGAUGUUCAUAGUAUUUAUCAGCCCGUUCAGUUACAGAAAUCGGUGCUCAGUUGUAGAAUGUAUUGUAUAAACCCUGACCUUUUUAAUUAACUUAGGCAGCCAAAAGGGCAAUGAAUUUGCAUCUUUUGCUAAUACAAUAUGUGGUCUUCUGUGCAAGCGCAGAACAUCUCUUACAGUAUAAAACCACUUUUCCUGAAUUUCUAAUGAUACAAAAUUUUCAGUAGUUUGAUUUAAGGUAUCCUGUAACAAAGUAUAUACAUUGUGAUAAGAUCUCAUCUUAACAAAGUUAUGUCCUUUCUUUCCCAAGUGAUUUUGAUGUCAAACAUCCAAUAGUUUUUAAACCUCCUGUUUAUUUUACAGUUUGAGUGUUUACUAAUCAAAUUUCAGUUCUAAAGUAAACUGUCUCAAAUGAAGAUAAUAUAUAAACUACUUGCAUUUAUUUACACUAGUGGUAAUAGCUCUUAAUGAAAUUGCCUAUAUAAACAAGAAUACCAAGCACCGGUUUAUUUAUUGUCUAAUAAUGAAGGGGCCAACAGUUCAGUUUUGCUUUUUAGCUGUUGUGGGGCUACAUUUUCUGCGUGGGCAGGCUAUUCAUCAAGGGAGUUGUAGUUAAAAACCUCAGAUGGGCAUUGUUUGGGAGGUAGCCAAGACCGAAUAGAUAUUUACCAGCGGUUAAUGUUGAAUAGCACGCAAACAGUUCUGUUCCCUCAUUUAUUCUGUAAUUCUGCAAAAAAUUUCUACGUUCAGUGACUUUUUUUGUUUAUCCAGUACAUAAAACCAGGGCUGGAUACAUAUGAGAUAUCUAUGUACAAGUAGUUAUGGAUUGUUGUUGGUCAAGAAAGUUUCCUACCUGUGUUCCUCCAAACACUGGGCAUAUUUUUUGUAUUUUAAUACUGUAAAUACAUUUAUUUCCCAAAAAUAAUUUCAGUUUGCAUUUUUACUUAAGUUUGCAAGUGGACUUAAGAAUUGAGUACAAAGUUACAUUGCUGUCACAAACACGGAUAACGGAGUGAUGUUUCUUGGGUGAUGUCUAUAUUGGCAGCUGGUGUGUGUGUGCAAAAUACUGAACUGUGAAUUUUACAGAAAUGCCUCUAAUUAUUAGUCAUCUUUGCUCCAUCAAAUGACCUUUUAUAUGUAAUGUUUAACUUGUUUUUCAUGUUUGUGUUUUUUUUUUUUGAUAUUUGCUUUUUAAUAGAUUCUUAAAAUUCAUUCUCAAAGUUAUUAUUAGAUCUAUAUUCCUGUGACCUAUUUCUUCACUCUUGCAUGUUUGUAUUGUAAUUAAGUACAGUAGGGUUGACUUUUUAUCAUAUUUAUUCAAUCUAAUUCUAAUGCAUCAUCUUGUAUAGACUUCCUGCAUCAUUUAGCCCUUAAUUGGUCGCAUCUUUGUCUUCUAAACAUAACUUUUGUGUAAUGACAUAUUCUGAGUAUUACAUGGAAUCUACAAAAUUGAAGUAUUGUAUAUAUUAACCUCUUUUUCAGUCAACAUAUUAGAUAUACAAUCUUUGCAAAAAUCCAUAUGCAUAGAAGAAGGUACAUAUAAGUAAGAAAGGUAAGCUGUUAAAACAUGUUUUUUGUUUUUUUUUACCUAAGCACUUGAUUUAAAUUUCUGCUUUGUCAUAGGUAAUCUUAUUUUUUCUUUUCUGUAGAAGAAUUUGCAAUCCUCCUGAAAGUUUAGGAGCAAAGAAUAUAUUUUAGGAGCAAUGCACAAUUUAGUUUCUUCAGUCCUUUGUUUUCUCAUGUAUUCAAUAACAGGAUUGCAUACCACAUCCAAUCACCACUACCAGGUGAGAGCUGGGUUUAAGACAUUGCAGAGGCCCUAUCCUGUCUUCCUGUGUUGAUCACACUGUCACCAUAGUACAGUAUAGUGGAGAACCUGCAGCCGGUCAGGGCAGAUCAUUUAAUACAGGGGUCCUCAAACUGCGGCUCUCCAGAUGUUGCUGAACUACAACUCCCAUGAUUCUUUGGCUAUGUAUGUAAUUCAAAGAAUAGGAGUUGUAGUUCAGCAACAUCUGGAGGGCCACAGUGUGAGGACGCCUGAUUUAAUAUAUCAUUUAGUAUGAAUCAAAGAUAAUUUAUAUUUUAAGUGGAUUUGUAAUUGGAAAUGUAAGCAUGUAUUAAAUGACAUUUAAC